CAGUUUCAUUUGAGACGUUGUCGCGGCCGCAAGUGUUGAACACACACAGCUUAACAACAGCACACAACAACACGCAACGUGUGUGUCGCUGCUAAAUGAACUACAACAACAACAACGGAGAAGUGUACAUUUAAACGGGUUAAUCAAUACAACAAAAACCAAAAACAUCAGCAGCUGAUUCGAGUGGAGCAAGCGAGAAGGCACUAGAAGAGAAGAGAAGAAGAAGAAGCAGAAGACGAGCACAAACAGAUUCCAUUUCAAUGAUACUCCGAACGAAUCUUUGGCUGCUCGCACAGUUGCUGUUGCUGGCAACGCUGCUGCAGCCACAAGUGGAGGCCAAGGAUGAGGAUUACAGUGGUGGAGAUGUGAGCGCAGGUGGCGGAGGCGAUGACAUCUACGAUCCUGUGCAACAGGAGGCGGCAGUCGAGGAUGAGGAGCAACGCAACAGCCUCGAGGCUGAGGACAACUCGCUGCAGUCCAAUCAAACGGACAAUGCGCUGCCCGAUGCGACCACCGAGAAGCCACUUGCACCACUUACCACCGAGGCGCCAACAUCGACAGAGCGAGAUGAGAACACUGCCGCCGAGGUUAUUGAGGAUGCACCCACACAGAAGCAGGAAACCAAAAUGCAAAAACCAAGGAAGCAAUCGCAAGAAUACUACUACGAUGAGGAGCAGCCACAAGAGGAACAACCCAUGGCAACCACAACCACAGUGCCCGAGUAUGUGCGCAAGGCCAAGGCGGAAAGGUAUCCCCAGGAAUAUAUGCAGGACGCCGCGGGUGAACAGCCCGUGGAGCAGCAAACGCAGCGCGUGCAGCACGAGGAAGAAGAGGAAAUCAUCUAUCACGAUGAGCCACAACAGCCGCAGGCGCACAUGCAACAGCUGCCCACGGCCAACAAAGCGAAAGCCUUCAAGCCCAGCUCUGAUGAAUACUACUAUGAUGAGCAGCUGGAUCAAGUGGCGGCCACAACACCGAGAAUCAGCACAACAGAAUCGCCUCCGAUGCCCGUGUUGCAGUCGCGAUUUGGCGGCUUCAUUGGUUGGCCCACUUUGACACCCAAUAAUGCGCCACUUCCUACCGUUGUUGCACUUGCCGCCCCAACAACAACAACUUCACCCACAACGAGAAGCACAACAACUUCGACAACAACCACAACCACAACAACAACGCCGGCGCCUCGCAAGCAAUCGAAGCAUAUUCAUCUGGCCAAGCCGGAACUGUUGCCAGCGGAUCAGUUGCGCAACUACAUCAAGGAUGUGUACAUUCGAAUGCCGCUCGCCGUCAUCGUGGAUCCCUCGGCUGCGUCGCUGGAACAGGCCAAGCGACUAUACAUCGAUGCGUUGCAGGACAAAAAUAUCAACAUCAAAAUUGUGCUGGUCACACUGAAUCCAUCGGGCUUGCCAUCAGCUUUCAGCUUUAAUAACACACGCGAAUUUAUUGCGGGCUUGAACAGCACCAAGGAGCACGAGGGCGGCAAUGCGUUUGAGGGCGUGCUGCAGGCCGCCGAACUUGUGCCCUACGACAGUGCCAUAUUCAUAUCGACAGCUGUGAUACCGCCACACACCGAAUUGGUGCAGGACACAGCCAUCACGUUGCUCAAGAAACGCAUACGCUUGUUUAUGCUGUGGUAUGGCGAACGCGCCGCCAGCGAGAAUGAAACCGAGGAGGCUGUGGGCGGCAUACUGGGCGAGGUGGCCAUUCGCUCAGGCGGCGAAAUCAUACACAUUGUGAGCACCGAACAUGGACAGCACAUAGCGGGCAAUACGUUAACACUCGUGUCGGAUGAGUAUCAGGGCUCCCAGGAGUUGGAGCUGCCCGUGGAUACUACGCUAUCCAGUUUGCAUGUGCGCAUCGAUGCCGACAUGCGACGUGCAACACUGGCAACGCCCAAUGGCGAUAUCAAUUUAAAGAAACUAGUGAAAUUCAAGUCCACAAACGAUACACGAUAUGGCAAUAACAAUAAUACAAAUGAACUCGAUGCCUACGUACCGCUCAACAAGCUGCGCAAAGCGGCAAUAAUCAAGCUGCAACUGACGCCCGAAGUCAGCAAUAAGAAAUACAAUGUUUUUGUGCGCGCCGAACGUAAAGCUGAUGUUUUUCUGGGUGAUAUCAUCAAGCGCAUCGAUAGCUAUUACUCCCAAAGCGAGAGCGAUGCCAAAUGGUCUUCCCAGGCACGCAUGGCCAAAUUAAAGUUUCCCGAGACUCGCGAGAAACUGGAAAAUGAAAUUGAUGUUGCACCCAAAAGUGAAGUGGAAACAUUUUCGGAAACAGAACUCGUUACGAGUCUCAAUCAGACACAAUUUGCGGCAGCUACGGGUGAACCACAGCGCGCCAGCUUGAGUGCAAUGUUGUUGCAACGUUGUGGCACCAAAAUCGAAUUGAAUACCCAAUCACAGCUACUGGUGACAGCGGGACAAAUGGCGACGCUGCUUUAUGAGGUGACGAACAUGCGCAGCGAACGCGUCUAUCAAACGGUGCAGGUAACCGACGAGCGACGUUUUCUAGUGCAGCUCAGUCCAACGAGCUUCAAUUUGGGCGCUGGCGCAACUGCCACCGUGCGUCUCCAAGUGCUGGUGCCCACGGGAACUGCGGCGGGCACCACGGAUCGGAUCACUUUCACCAGCUAUGGCCGUGAAACGGCAACCAUGGCGGUUAGUCUGAAGGUCAUCAGCAGUAUUGAUGCGCAGGAUUCCACUGGACCAACGCUAUCCUGGGAGUUUGGCAAUCGCUGCGACUAUGUGACCAAUGAUGCCCAAAGCUGUGGCGAUCGUUUCUGGACUCUGGAUAUCACAGCACAAGAUUGGCAAUCGGGCAUGUUGCGCUUGCAGACAACGCCAGCGGAUGGUUUAUUCUAUCGGAAUUAUUAUACCGCCGGCACCACAGAGCCACUAAAAGCCACCUAUAUGGCAUCGUGUUGCGAACCCAAAGUUGCCAUCACCGCCUUUGAUGCGGCAGGAAAUCAACGUAGCAUUAAUAUCGAUGUGAGAGAUAUUGUUUUAACCGAAGCGGCGAUAGCAGCAAUUUGUCUUGGUUGCAUUUUAUUACUGCUGCUGAUUGUCUUGCUGGUGUGGAGCAUUAUUUGGUGUUGCAAGCGUCGCAAGGUAUCGCUUGAGCUGCCUACAUAUCGUUCGCAUUCCACACGCAGCAUGGAAUAGUUUAAUUUUAUGAAUUUUACCACGAACUAACAAAAACACACUUUCAAAUUUUUAAAUUUGAACAAUAAAAAUACCAAAACAACAAGUAGCAACAGGUGAACAUAAAAAUGUAAAAAAUACCAUUAAGUAUUAACAGCUUAUCAACAGAAAAAUACCAGAAAGUAGUUAACAGCUUAUCAGCAGUAGAGAUGCAACAAGUGACCAAUGAACUUGCAGCUGGUCACUCCACAUAUCUCUCGCUCUCUCUGUCGCUCUCGCACACUUUUUACUCUCUGUUGUUGAGUGUCUCGUUUGCUCUUUCUCCCUGUCUCUCUGCUGACUUGACACACUUACCGCGAUUGAGAAUGCCAGCGAUGAGAGCGUUUGUGGGUUGCGGGGGCGGUGCAUGCACCACGGGCGGCGCUGCUGGCAGCAGGAGCGGCUUAUU